AUGACUUUUGAAGCCGUAGUUAUUGACUUUUCUCAUAUCAGAGGACUAUGGGAAACUCGUGUGAAGAAAUAUAAAGAUAAAUGUAAAAAAGAGAAGGAACGGAUAGAAACAAGUGCGCUGCAAAAGAUAAAACAGGAAUGGAACUUUAUACUGGAAUGCAAGAACAGUGGAGUCCCUCAGUCUGUGUACUUACAGAAUGGUUUUGUAGACACUGAACUUAAAACUUUGGAUAAACAUGAAAGAUUUUCUUUUGUUGCAAAGAAGGCCCUUAACAUCAAAGAGGAACCUGAAGAAGAUACAUUUAUUUUUAACCUUUGUGGAGAGAACUGGGAGGAACUUCCAGAUUGUCUAAGAGAACAAACUCACCUGAAAGAAUGGCAUAUUAAUAAAACACGGAUAAAAGUCAUUCCUGAGUAUGUACAGAUAUUUCAAGAUCUAAAGGUUUUGGAUAUGCCACAGAACAAACUAGCACGUCUUCCCCCUGAAAUAGGUAAUAAUAAAAUAAAUAAUUUGUUUAAAGAACUCAAUGUUAGUUUUAAUAAUCUGAAAGAGAUACCUCCAGAACUGGGAGACUGUGAAAACCUUGAGAAAUUGGAUGUAUCUGGGAAUUUAGAGCUCACAGAAUUGCCAUUUGAGAUUAUAGAGUAUGCAACAGAAGAUCAUGGGAAACACAAAGGUUUAGGAGUACACUUAAACUCUCAGAUUGACAGGACCAAAAUGAGAAACUAUGGCUAG